AUGCAAAGAAUUAGGCAAGAGAGGCAUGGAGGAAGCUACACUCCAGGGCCUGACGACUUCGAAGAUGAGUCAGAAAUUCGACGGUCUUCAGCUGUAAACCACAGACCUGGAACUUUAAACCCUAGUCAUCAUGGAAGCUAUAUUUUCGGAACUGGGGCCGGGGGUAGUACUCCUCACCAUCAAAAUGCAUUCCCACCGACUCCACAUUACUACGGUCAGAAUUAUGGAUACCAGAGUAACCAGCAGGAACAAAGAGGCGCGCCAAUACCUCUCCAAGUGCCCCAGCAGCACUACUAUCCUUCAGGCUCAUCUGAGCCUAGCGCUCAUCAAUGGCUAGAACCACCACAACGGUCGCCAUCGCCAGGCCAGUCUGUACAUUCUUAUGAACUACGCCCGGUAUCACAAGGUGAAGGAGGAGAUCAGGAGCCGGUCCAGAAGUCAAGCUCAAGGUUCACAUCCCAAAGAAACCUUGUUGAAGAUGAUGCUGAAGUAAAUGAUAUCAAUGGUAAAACAUAUAAUGAACGACCACAGCGCCUCAUGGAGUCCACGAAUCAAUGGCACCAUUCAAUUUUCCGCUGGGGAACUUUCGAUUGGGUUCAAAACCCAGCUUAUAUCUACGAUGAUACAAUUCAGUACCGAUACCGAGACUUUGCCGCUCGAGUGUGUGAAAAGCCGCGCCAUGAACGUUAUCUCGACCAUGACGACGGGAGACUGCGCAAACUGACCGUAGCUUGCGCAGAUGAUAUCUACCAGGCACCAGGGACGUCAACUUGGCGUCGAACAUAUGUGCGUAAUGUUUCUGAGUUAAAAGUCCGCAUUGCCACUUGGAUUAUCGACUAUAAUGAAAACCCCGGGACUUGGAAGACAUAUGGUAUCCAAGUAGUCAGAGCAUUUUUAGCCUCAAUGUUGAUGGUAGUUUUUGUGUGGGAGACUGGGAGUAAUGGUAGCGUCAAAUUUUCUGGCCGGUUUGCUCCAUUCCCUUAUUAUUACUUCGGCACCGCUAAAGUAUGGAGAAACCAGAUUGAGAACAAUGGAAAUAAAGAAAUAGGAAAUACCAAUGAGUAUAGAGUACUCAAACCGCGCCAUCUAUGUUUCUUAAGGAAACCCGACUCUCCUAAACUCCAGGGCUAUGACGUCUUAUCUGUUGAAGAGUGGGAGAAGACAGAUGGCAAAAACAUGAACUUGACAUAUACUUUUGUUGCUUGGAGCACAAUCCAGUUCCCUACUAGCUCCCGGCGAGAUAUGAAAGCUCUUCACCAAAUUGCAGAAAAGGCAGCAAGAUCGGCAGGUGUCGUUGCAUUUUGGGUCUCAGGGAGCUGUAUGCGUGUUGAGGAAGAAGAAGAGUCGGAUGUUUUUCGGAUUGCAGACGUCCUCCGUGGAGCUAGUGAUUUAAUCAUAGUCCUCGGGCAACCCCCAGAUGAGCCCCAGCGGCUUGGUGUCGACGAACUGUUGAAACAAUGGGGUGAGCGAAUGUGGACAUUCCCAGAGGUUCUUCUAUCGCCAGGGAAAGAAAUUCUCGUUUACAUCCGAGGCGAAAAUAGCCCCAUUGCGAUCAAUAAAAAUCAGUUCGCAGGAAGGGUUUGGGAGGAUGCACAUGAGUCUAGGCAGUUGGUGGAUAGCUAUAUCGGAACACUCGGACUCAGUAGACUGGAGAAAGCUGUCAUUGCGCUAGGGUGUUUAUAUCGGCGCAAAACAGUAGAGUACCUAAAAGGCGACCAAGCAUACGCCCUUAUGGGCCUUCUACGCUUGAGACCUCAGAUCGAUGUAACAGACACCCAGUUUCAAGCAUUCGCUCGACUAUCGAUGGCUAACGACUCCGACGCACUCCUUGAACGCUAUAUUUGCACCCUGCCUAAAUCGAUUGAUCAGCCGUGGUACAAUAUGGAAGAUACAUACGAGUCGUCAUUGUGGGAUAUAUAUCCAUACACCCAAGUGGCUGCGGUCUGCGACAACGAUACCGUCAUCCUCGACGGUGCCUUCGCCGCCAGCGUUGUUUGGGACUCUUUCUUUCCGAUAAACUACACCAAGAACUUUUCGUUCAUCCGUAAAGCUGCUUUAUACCUGAUGAACUACAACUUUUUCUUCUUGAUCAUUUCUUUACUCUUCUUUACUUUCUCAAUAUUGAGGCCUGCAUUGUUUAUUGGCGUUAUUCUUUUACUCACCUUCGUCGCAGUAUUGCUUCGAACUCCAAAGUUAGUGAAAUUAGCAUACGGUGGUAAAUUUUCUGGCCAACAGGCAGCAAUGUUUGGCGUUGAAGGCUAUAUUAGUGCAGCUACUGUCGAAAGGGCGCUUUUUGGCGGGGCGUUUGGACGAAUGUCAUGGUCCAUUAACACAUCCCCUCUAUCAAGGUCGAUUCUGAAUAGUCACGGCGAGCGAAUCGGGAUUGACCCAACGCGGGACCCACAGGUUCUCGAAAAGGUGAAAAGGGCGCGGUACGCAAAACCUGGGGAAAUGAGGAUCUUCACGUUAAUAGACACUUACAAUAUGGAAGUAACACUUUUCGAAGCAGUUAAUCCGCCAAUUAGUUUCUUUCUCUGUGCAUCCGAGGGUGGCAUGCAGAGAGCUGUUGGUUGUUCUUACGACUGGACUGCCCAGACGAUGUACCGCGAGACGGUUUUGCGGCUGCCAACCGCAACUCUCGAGUUUACGUACCGGGUACAUCGUGUAAAGAUUGGAAUGCGAAGGCCGCAAUGGCCAUGUCGGCAUAAGGAUGGUGAGACACAUAUGGCAUAA